UGAAUUUGGGGAAACCAGAAAAGGAGAAGAAAAGGUUAAGCAAGCGUUGGAGCUAAAACCUAAAACCUCAGCCAGAACCCUAACCCUAAUCCGCCGUGCAUUUGAAUCUGCUAUGGCUGCAUUCGCCGCCAGGUCCGUCAUGCGCUCCGCCGCUACAUCGGCCAGGGGGGCGGCCGCCAGGUUAUCGCCUGGAGCGAAGUCUAGGACUGGUGGAUCUCCAUUUCGCGUCUCUGUUCAGAAGCCGCUUUCUGCUCGCAUUUUUAGGUCUCCUGUGGAGAUGAGCAGUGCUAGCGCGUUGUCGAUGUUGCCGUUCCAUAGUGCUACCGCCUCGGCGCUGCUUACUUCUAUGCUCUCUGUUUCUCCUCGUAGCCACGCUUGGACUCUUGAAGGGCAAAAACGGACUAGAUGAAGGUCAUGAAAAGGAGAUUGCAACGAUGAUGUAUGACCACAGUUGGAUGGUUCAAGUGAAGUUUUAUUUUACAUGUGCCCUAUGAGAAUGCUUAAUAACGGUCACACAUGAGCUGAUUGCAAGAAUGCAUCAAUUUCUUGUGUUUGUCAAGAAGGAUUAUUGGUAUUUGUGAUACACUUAAUUCUGUGAUAAAUGCUAAUCUACAGUUGAAGCAUCAUUUUUGUAUACUUUUAGUUUCUGAUAAAUUUAGUAACAAAUUCUUGUACA